AAGGAUAUGAUUCAGAUACUAAAGUAUCAGAUACCAAAGUUAUAAAUGAUACUGAAUUACAUCUAACAGAACUUUCAGAUUAUGAAAGUGAUAUAAAUAUAAAAGAAAUAGAAGUAGCAGAUAAACCA